UUCACCCCGCUCCUCGUCUCUCUCUCUCUGUUCCCCAUCUCGCCGCUUUGUGUUCACCGUCGCUCCUCCGAUCAUGGCUGCUCACUCCACCGAAGAACCGUUCCCCUUCCACGGGCUGCUCCCCAAGAAAGAAACCGGCGCCGCGUCUUACCUCACCAGGUUCCCCGAGCACGAUGGCCGAGGGGUGCUCGUCGCCAUCCUCGACACCGGCGUGGACCCCGGGGCCCCCGGCAUGCAGGUCACAACAGAGGGGAAGCCAAAGAUCAUCGAUAUCAUCGAUACGACAGGCAGCGGUGACGUGAACAUGGCCACAGUGGCAGAACCUCAAGACGGAACAAUCGCAGGCCUUUCUGGCAGAACACUUAAGAUUCCUCCUGCUUGGGUCAAUCCUUCAGGGAAGUAUCGCAUUGGAGUUAAAAAUGGCUACGAAUUCUUCCCUAAGGCUCUUAAAGAAAGAAUACAGAAAGAGCGAAAGGAGAAGAUAUGGGACCCACCACACAGAGCGGCGCUUGCUGAGGCCUCCCGAAAGACAGAAGAGUUUGACCUUUCUCACCCAACGCCCUCACAGAUGGAGAAGUUGCAGAAAGAAGAGCUGCAGAGUCAGUCAGAGCUGCUGGCAUCUCUAGAAAAGAAGUACAGUGAUCCUGGUCCUGUAUAUGACUGUGUGCUUUGGCAUGAUGGAGUCACAUGGAGGGCUGUCGUGGACACUUCAGAAUGUGGAGAGCUGUCCCAGUGCACUGUGCUGUGCUCCUACAGAGAGACUCAAGAAUACGCCACAUUAGGAAAUGCUGAGAUGCUUAACUACUCUAUUAAUAUUUAUGAUGAGGGAAAUACACUCUGCAUUGUCACCAGUGGAGGGGCUCAUGGGACACAUGUGGCAAGCAUCGCAGCAGGUUACUUCCCAGAGGAACCAGAGCGCAAUGGUGUGGCCCCCGGUGCCCAGAUCCUGGCUUUGAAGAUUGGAGACACCCGCCUUAGCACCAUGGAAACAGGCACAGGACUCAUCCGUGCAAUGAUUGAAGUAAUCAACUACAAGUGCGACCUGGUAAACUACAGCUAUGGAGAAGCCACUCAUUGGCCCAAUUCAGGGAGGAUUUGUGAGGUGAUCACAGAGGCUGUCCAGAAGCACAAUGUGAUAUUUGUCUCAAGUGCAGGAAACAACGGCCCUUGUCUCUCUACUGUUGGCUGCCCAGGGGGAACCACUAGCAGUGUCAUAGGAGUUGGAGCGUAUGUGACUCCAGAUAUGAUGGUGGCAGAAUAUUCUCUAAGGGAGAAACUCCCAGCUAACCAGUACACUUGGUCGUCCAGGGGCCCCAGUACAGACGGGGCCCUGGGGGUCAGCAUCAGUGCCCCUGGUGGUGCCAUUGCGUCUGUACCCAACUGGACUCUUCGUGGUACCCAGCUGAUGAACGGGACAUCCAUGUCAUCGCCUAAUGCCUGUGGAGGCAUUGCACUAAUCCUCUCGGGUCUGAAGCAGAACGGGAUCCAUCCCUCUGCUCCUGCGGUCAGAAGAGCGCUGGAAAACACAGCUCUGAAGGUUGAUGACAUUGAGGUUUUUGCACAGGGCCAUGGAAUAAUCCAGGUGGACAAGGCAUUAGACUACCUCACUCAACAUGCCUCUUUACCCACGAGCCACCUUGGCUUCUCAAUAAGCGUGGGAACACAGAGAGGUAUCUACCUCAGGGACCCAUGCCAAAUGCUUGCCCCUUCAGAUCAUGGAGUAGGAAUUGAACCCAUCUUCCCAGAGAACACAGAAAACUCUGAGCGAAUCUCCUUGCAGCUGCACUUGGCGCUCACAUGUGCUGCCCCUUGGGUCCAGUGUCCCUCGCAUCUAGAGCUGAUGAACCAGUGUCGUCACGUCAAUGUCCGCAUCGAUCCUGUCGGACUGAGAGAGGGAGUGCACUACACAGAGGUGUGUGGGUACGACACAUCAGCACCAACCUGCGGCCCACUGUUCAGAGUUCCCAUCACGGUUAUUAUCCCUGCCAAGGUGACGGAUAAUCGUAAUCAGGAGGUGUGUUUCACGGACAUCCACUUUAGACCAGGUCAGAUCAGACGCCACUUCAUCACCGUUCCUCAGGGAGCCUCCUGGGCAGAGAUUACACUGACCUCUCAUUCAGGAGACGUGUCGUCAAAGUUUGUUCUCCAUGCCGUGCACCUGGUCAAACAGAAGGCAUACAGAGCUAAUGAAUUCUACAAGUUCUCUUCACUAUUGGAAAGAGGCUCGUUAACAGAGGCUUUUCCUGUGCUGUCUGGUCGGAUAGUAGAGUUUUGCAUUGCUCGCUGGUGGGCGAGCCUGGGUGACGUCACAGUGGACUACAGCAUCUCGUUCCAUGGACUCAACACAUCUCCUUCUCUCUUGCACAUACUUGCAUCAGAGGGAGUGACGAGUUUUGAUGUGUCGUCGCCUCUGAGGUACGAGGAGGUUUCGCCCGCUAUUACCCUCAAGUCCUGGGUUCAGCCUCUCAGGCCUUUAAGUUCAAAGAUAAAAGCUUUGGGAAUGAGGGAUGUUCUACCCAAUAACAGACAACUCUACGAGAUAGUCCUCACCUACAGUUUUCACCAGCCUAAGAGUGGAGAGGUUACCCCCAGCUGUCCCAUGCUGUGUGAGCUGCUGUAUGAGUCUGAGUUUGACAGUCAGCUCUGGAUGCUGUUCGAUCAGAACAAGAGACUACUGGGCUCAGGAGACGCCUACCCACACCAGUAUUCCCUGAAGCUGGAAAAAGGGGACUACACCGUGCGACUGCAAGUUCGCCACGAGCAGACCAGUGAGCUCGAGCGACUGAAGGACCUGCCAUUUGUGGUGUCUCACCGUCUGUCCACCACCCUCAGUCUAGAUGUGUACGAGUCGCAUCGAGCCGCCCUCAUGGCCAAGAAGAAGGCCAACUCUGUCACCCUGUGCCCGGGUACCACUCAGCCUUUCUACGUCACAGCCUUGCCAGACGACAAGAUCCCCAAAGGGACGAGUCCAGGCUGCUAUCUCUCAGGCUCCCUCGUUGUCUCCAAGAGCGAGUAUGGCAAGAAAGCAGGGCAGGCCUCUGCAAAACGACAAGGAAAGUUUAAAAAGGACAUCGUACCAGUCGUUUACCAUCUAAUUCCUGCUCCCAACAAAACAAAGAAUGGAGGGAAGGAGAAGGACAAGGAAGCCGACAAAGAGAAAGAUGUGAAAGAGGAAUUUGCAGAAGCCAUGCGGGACAUGAAGAUUCAGUGGAUGACAAAGUUGGACUCCAGCUCCAUCUAUGAAGAACUGAUGGAAAACCACCUGGAUUACCUUCCGCUGCAUGUGCAAAGACUGCACCAGCUGGACUCCGAGAAGGAACGUGUCAAACGUCUCAGGGAGGUGGCGACAGCUGCCGACAUCGUCAUCUCCCACAUUGACCAGACAGCCCUGGCUGUUUACCUGACCAUGAAGACAGACCCUCGGCCCGAGGCCGCCUCUAUCAAGACUGACAUGGAGAAGCAGAAGUCGUCUCUGCUGGACGCUCUUUGUAGGAAGGGCUGUGCGCUGGCUGACCAGCUCCUGCUGCCCCCCGCGCUGCAGGAAGGUGCCGGUGCCCUCGCCAUGGAACAAAUAACAACAACAACAACUACUACUACUACAACAACAACAACAACUACAACAACAACAGCAGCAGCAGCAGUAGAGGAGGAGGAGGAGGAUGGGUUGCAGGUGGCGAGCAGUUCUGACGACGCCGUGCAGAGCGUGGCUAAAGCUCUGACAGAUACGUUUUGGGAGGUGCAGAAGUGGGCAGAGCUAACUGACUCCAAGGUGUUGAUGUUUUCAUACAAACAUGCUCUUGUGAACAAGAUGUACAGCCGGGCCUUAAAAUACGCCUCAAAGAUGGUGGAGGAGAAGCCCAGCAAAGAGAACAUGAAGAACUGCAUCCAGCUAAUGCGACAUCUACGAUGGACACACUGCGCGACCUACAGUGAGAACUGGCUUCCUGUCAUGUACCCCACUGACUACACUCCUUACUAGGCACACACAGACACACACACACACAGACACACACACACAUGCAUGAACAACAUGGCCAUUCACGGUCCAUUACAUGGUUAGUUUGAUAUUGUGUCCCUCAGGGUCACAUGGUCUAUGCAUCUGACCAACCAGCUGCCUCCUGAGAAUUUCUUUAUUUCAGAUUGAGAUGUAGGUGAACACCAAAAUGAAGGACAACGCUGUGUGUAAACCGUUUGAUACACUCAACACCUUAUGAGACAUCUUAGCUGGAUGUUGUCUUUUAUUUUGGUGUUACCUACACAUGUGGAGGCUUUCAAUCCACCCACCCUCCCCCUCGGCUGUUUGGGCCCCAUAUCAAUAACCUCAUUCUCUCAUGUAAAUACUGUGAAAGGGCCAGUGUGGACUCCAGGGAUUCGUCCCAACUCUUUAAAAACACUGAAGUCACUUUCAGAAAAACCACAACAGAAUGAUGCGUCAGUGAGAAGUCGGGAGGACUCGCUGCUGCACAUGCUGGGACAUACGAGGGCAGGCAGCUGCCUGAUCCUGGAAUCAAAAGGAAAGGAGUCUCGGACAGAACUUAAUCUUGUCUCUUUGUUUUUUAACGGCUCCAGGAUGGCCGGGUUUAUACAGUCAACGUUGAAUCUUGUCUGUCUUGAGACCUGAUUACACAGUCUCAACACACAACAGUGCUGAGGUGCCUUUCUACAUGUACCUUACCUUCUCUGAUGGGACGAAAGAUGAAGUGCAAGGGUUUUGACCACUGACCGCUGCAGAAUCAGCAGCGUCAGUCAGCACUCCGCCACUUGCCGUCAUUUCUCCCAUCAGCCUUUGGUGUCAAUAUGGUUUUUAAGCUUGUAUCAGCAGUGUGAUGUGUCCGGGCACCUUAAGCAGGUUGUUGGUGACUUGUCAGGAACCUACAAACCUGCUCUCUUGGCUUCUACCUCCAGAGGUGUUGUUCACCCACGUCACACUGCUGUAACCCAAACACCACAUUUGACUCCAUCACACAGACCUCACUUAACACAGUUGCAGUUGGAGGAAGCGAUAGGAUGAUCACAUCACAUUUCACUGUAAAAUGUUCAUGUCGUAGUCCAGUUUUUUCUCUGCUGCAUUUAAAAUGUUGCAUUUGUACACAAUGUCAUGAAAUGUACAGACACACGUAACAUAAAAAUAUUAUGAUGCAAUAGGUAUAUAAUACAAAUAUUAUUCUAAUCAAUGUAUUUUGCAUAUAUGCAUGUCUUCUAGGAUGUAAGAAAAAAUAGUUUUAUUUGGAAGAUUUUUAGUCAGAAACAAGAUUUUGACAAUAUCCACUUUCUUAGUGUGUGUUUGUGAAUGAUUUUAUGUGAACCUGUGAGCAUAUUUUGUGUACAUGAACAGAACUAAAACGAUUGCCAUUUAGGGGGUUCAUCAGAAGUUUAUUUAAUUUUUUCUUCAAACACAUUAUUUACUUGGAAGGACUAAGCCAGUGGUUUUGUAUGUUUUAUUAUAAAUCACAUCACAGUGAACCAUUGUGCUCAUUUGGUUAUUUUAGACUUUUUAUUUUGGAGCUAUUCUUCCAGAUAAUCUUUGGUUUCCAUUCAUUUCUUUCCAUGAUGAACAUUGAGUCUGAAUUUAUUCAAAUUUCUCCGUCUUCUUACACUGGCCAUCGAACAUCAAAUCGUAUCCGUUUCACACAGCAACCGUCUGUCUGAGCUCCUCACUGGUUUGUGCACCUUUGUGUGCACCAAUCAGAUUUUAGCAAUAUUUGAAUCUGAAUCAGCUGACAGUUCUGGUGAAAGAGACAUUUCCACAGUUUCAGUUUGUCGUGGGUUAGACUAAGUAAAAUGAGUGCGCUGCCAGUUUUCAUUGCUCUUGUGUAACAUUACUGGACUCACCAUGCACAGGUUUUUUUUUAAUGUUUAAGUUGAUACAGGCCAAUCAGAGAUGUAGUUUUCUAUGUCUGGCACCUACAUUACCCACAAUGCUGACAGUUCAGUCCGUGAUUUAGAUGUGUAAUGUUAGUAGCCUGCGUACUGUAUGUAGCCUGGAGCUUCUAACCUCAAGUAGACACGAGGAAGAGGCUGCAGAGCUCGAUUAUUUCAAUCAGCUCAAUGUCAACUUCAUUGUUUUCAGACUUUUCAGUUUCCCCCUGAAGCUUCAUCUUACUUGUGUCAUAGCGGCUACUACCCGAGACCUGAGAACAGACUUUAAUGUGGAAAUGAGUGGAGUUCCCCUUUGAGCAAGUGUGAAACCCGCUUAUUUUCGAUGUCAUAUGGAAAUGAAUGGAUGGAUCGAAUAGUUGCACAAAAUUGAUGCCUUUGAAAAUGGUCAACAUUAAUUUGAAGUGAUUUUUAGUUAAGGAGCUAACACAUGAAAAAACCCUGCUAUGGUCCUUUUUAGAAUGUUUCACCCAACCCACGUAACAAUCGAGGACUCGUGGCUCUUAGUUUUUAGCUUAUUGAGCUAAAUGCUAAAGAUACGAACACGUUCAGUCGUUUCCUGUUUAUAUUUGUGAUAGUUGUCCCUAUUUUCACUUAUGUAAAAACAAACUGAGUUCCUGCCACACGUUGUAGUAUAGUCAGUCUAACCAAAGAAGGUUUUUCCCCAUGUUAAUUAUGAAGGCUGAAAAGUUUUAUCAGUAAAACUAAAGAUGGUGAAAUUGGACAUUUAACGUGUAGAAGAAGGAAAUAAGGAUAUACAGUAAUGUUUGUACUUAAUGGCGUCGUCUUUCCCUGAGGUUUUUUCUGUUGUCUCACAAGUGGAAGGUACAAACUUAAGAAUGUAAAAGCAGCUGCUUUCAAGCCGAGGCCUUUAGUCCUCAUGGGUAUAAUCAAUCUUUUCUGGGAUGACCAAUAAAUGCGCAGCAAAUCAGUGGUCACAACUCAUGUUGACCCGGGGGUAGCAACACUUUGCGUUUCUGUUUUUAGCUGUGAUUUGUUUUCACUUUUUGCAGCAGCCUCAGCACAGGCCUCUCCAAGUGCACAUGGAUUUUACAGGAGCGAUGUGGUUUUGGUUUUUGAAAAAAUGUGUGUCGAUCAUUUUUACAUCUUUGCAUCUUUUCUGUUCUGUAUUCUGUGUCAUUUUUUUCACCUUUUCUUCCUCCUGUGUUCGGGUUUUGGUUCAGACAGACGUCAUGUUCAGGGCUCAGCAGUCGUCAGUACGCGUUGCCAGUGACAGUCUCUCCGAGAACGGCCUUAACUUUCACCGCAGGACUGAACCGUCCAGUUCUGGCACCAGACAGUCGCCUCAUAUCUGUUGCUCCGCACUCCGCUGGUGUCAGGAAGAAUUUAAACUUCUGGAUGUUGAGUGUUUGUAUUUAUAGUCAUGAAAUGUAGUAAAUGCCAAUGUUUUACAGAAUGUUGAUGGGAUGAGGUUGAAUGCUCUCAGUAUUAUUUUAUACCCAUUCUUCCUCCAUAACAUGUGGGAAAGACCUGAGCUACUGUCGCAACAUUUUCUGCUCACAUGGAAUUCAAGUCACAAACAAGGAAAAUGACACUGAAUAAAAAUUAUUCGGAAGAAA